AUGGAAAGGUUUAAAAUCUUCCUUUUGAUAGUGGCAGUGAGUGUGCAAUUAACAUCUCAAGACAGCACUACUGAACCUCCAGUUCAGAUUUCCAAGCCCAAGAUAACUCUGAAUCUAGCUCAUAAGGUGCUGUACAAUACAGAGACAGUCUCUCUGCGCUGUGAGGUCCCUGGAGAACCACCAGGGUUACAGUAUGACUGGUACAAGAACUCAAAAGAUCUCGGUGAACAUCAGCCCAGCAUCACUGCGAGUGGCAGUGGAACAUAUGAAUGCAAAGCAAAAAAAGGAGCAAAGUCAGAAAAAAGUGAUAGUUACACUUUAACUCUAGAAGAUCCUCCUAAAGCAAAGCUGACUGUGAAUCCUGACUGGACAGAGUUUUUCCCUAAUGAAAAAGUCAAUCUGCAGUGUGAAAUUGAAGGUGGUUCUUCAGGCUGGACCUUCCAGUGGAUGAGAGACAGCUGGACUUCAGAAGACAGCAGUGUCUUAGCGAUCACUAUCCGCCUCAACCACAAGUCCAGUCUGAUUGGACAGAAGCGUUUUAUGGGCCAGAACAAGAUUUUCUCCAGUGGUGAAGCAAACAUAAAAGGAAACACUCUCACACUCUCAGUUCAUUCCAGUCAUGACGGGGCGUAUGUGUGUCAAGCUGAGCUGCAGGACAGAAAGGUGACGACCGCAAAAAGUACAUCGCAUUCGAUAACAGUCCAUGAACUGCCUCAGCCAAAAUUGUCAGUAGAGUCUCAAUGGAAUAUAUUUUACCCAACUGAGAAAGUGACUCUGAAGUGUUCAGUCGAUGAAGAUUCAAAUAAAUGGGGCUAUGAAUGGUUUAGAAACGGAGCUCGGCUUCUCAAGGAUAAGGACAUUUCCUUUCCUGGAAACACUCUCUCCAUCAGCUCAGCUAAAACGGGUCAUUCAGGACAGUUCACCUGCAGAGGAAGACAUCUGACGAGAACAUCAGUGACUACUAGACAAACUGAAGCUGUUCAACUUCAUAUUCAUGGCAAUACACCAAAACCAACCAUUACAAAACAUGAGUGGUUUGAACCCUUCUACAGUAAUGAGCGAGUCCAGCUUCAUUGUAAUAUGCCAGGAGUUGGUUGGGAAUACCACUGGUAUAAAGACUUAAAACUUCAGAUCACAAAUCCAGAAUUGACCAUCGACUCAGUAUCUGUCACUGACACUGGUGACUAUCACUGCAAAGCACAGAGAGGAGACUUCUCAGUGGACAGUGAGACUCUACAAGUGCGAGUUCAAGAACUGCCUCAGCCAAAAUUGUCAGUAGAGUCUCAAUGGAAUAUAUUUUACCCAACUGAGAAAGUGACUCUGAAGUGUUCAGUCGAUGAAGAUUCAAAUAAAUGGGGCUAUGAAUGGUUUAGAAACGGAGCUCGGCUUCUCAAGGAUAAGGACAUUUCCUUUCCUGGAAACACUCUCUCCAUCAGCUCAGCUAAAACGGGUCAUUCAGGACAGUUCACCUGCAGAGGAAGACAUCUGACGAGAACAUCAGUGACUACUAGACAAACUGAAGCUGUUCAACUUCAUAUUCAUGACAUAACCCCAAAAGCAGUCAUUACAAAACAUGAGUGGUUUGAGUUGUUCUACACUGAGGAACGAGUCCAGCUUCAUUGUAAUAUGCCAGGAGUUGGUUGGGAAUACCACUGGCAUAAAGACUCAAAUCCUCGGAUCACAAAUCCAGAAUUGACCAUCGACUCAGUAUCUGUCACUGACACUGGUGACUAUCACUGCAAAGCACAGAGAGGAGACUUCUCAGUGGACAGUGAGACUCUACAAGUGCGAGUUCAAGCUCGUCCACCUGCAUUCCUGAGUCUGGAGACUGAACUGAGCGACAUUAUGACUGGUGAUAUGACUCUGAGGUGUAACGUCUCAGACGGCAGACAGUGGAACUACACCUGGUUCAUGAACGGACAGCAGCUCAAUGGAUCCUCAGAUGUACUCAAAGUGACAGGAAAUGAAGAAACAAUCAAAAGUGAAUUCAAGUGCAAGGGAAUUAACACAGUGAGACCGCUGUACUCCGCUCUGAGUGAUGGCUUCAUAGCCAAUAAUAUUAUAUUCAAAAGAAAAAUACUGCUGGCCAUCUCAGGAUGUCUCGUCUGCUGUAUUGUAAUCCUGAUCAUUGGAUGCAUCGUUCUAAAAAUCACCCAUAAACCAGAGGUCAAAGAAACAGCACCAGAGGACUUGUUUUUCUCAAUGACAGACUCCAAGAACCAAAUUGCUUCACCCAUGAAGGAGUGCAUGGACAACAGACCAACAGAGCUGGAGGGAUGUCAGGAAAAAGAAGAACUGAUCACUGGUCGUGCUUCAGCCGUUCAUGAGGAUGGUGUGAUUAAAGGUGAAGAAACAUUGGCGUCAGAAGCCAAUGGCCUGACGUCAUUUAAAGGACUCUGAACCGUUUUGCCAGCAAUCACCAUCAUGAUGGAGUUUCUGUAUUUGCACUGAGGCACAGCUAAAUGACAUAUGCUUAUUUUAAAAUGACUGCAUAUAGCACGGCACUUUGUGUAGUAGCAGCUGCACAUUUGUGCCCUUUUAAAAGAUAUAUAAAAAAAGGUUUAUAAAAAUGUAGAACUGAACUGCAGUCUUGUGGAGACAUACAGCCAUAAAUAAAGACAGUGAAUGUAG